AUGAAGCUCACCACCAUCGUCAUCGCUGCUCUCGCUGCCGCCGCCGUCGAGGCCAAGCAAGUCACUCCCCGGCCCUACACCACCAUCCCCAAGUGGUGCGCCCACCCCGGUCAGGGCUGCUACAUGAUGAAGCGCUCUGCCGAUGCCUCCUGGGAGGUCAAGCGCUCCGCCGAGGCCCUUGCCGAGGCUAUGGCCCAGAACUUCCCGACCGAAGUCCCCAAGUGGUGCGCCCACCCUGGUCAAGGUUGCGCCAAGGCCAAGCGUGCCGCCGUCGCCGCCGAUGAGGUCCAGCGUACUGCCGAUGAACUUGCCGAGGCCAUGGCUGCUCUCGACUCUCACGUCGACGAGUAA